UCUAGUCUCAAUUUUUCUGUUUAACAGUACCACCUACCAGUAUGCAAGGUGUCAACUCAGCUGUGACUUCAUUUCCCUACAUGAGGGAGAAUAUUACCAUAAAUGAAGCUUCAGUAACAAAAAAUGUCAUACUUGAAAAGCCAACGAGACUUGAACUUAUGUGUAGUCUGGUUAUUAAUUCUGCUAUGAAAAUGGAAAAAAUGGAGGUGGUUUGGAAGAUAGAUGACAAAGAAAUAAAAAAUGAGAGCAUCAGCAGAAAUCCAACAGAUACAAAAUGGUGUAGUCAACACGAGAUAAAUGUCAUAAACAAAGACGACAUAAAGAAUUACGCUUGUGUUUUUAAAACUGAGCCAGAAAUCAGUGCUAUAUUUCAUUUACAAGUGCCUGAAAUACACAUAAAAUCCAAGCAAAUCGUAAGUUACGUUGGUGAUUACGUUGUCUUGUCAUGUACCGUUGGUGAAGAAAAAAAGCACUAUCAACCAUCAUCUUGGGCUUGGCAUACAGCCAAUGGAAGUGAACAGGUUGCUCUUAAUGCUACUUUAAUGCCAGAAAAAUACCUCAUUAUUGAGGGACCUGCCAACAUAACCAAACUGAAGAUCUUGAGUCUGUCUGAGAAAGACAGUGGACUUUACUGGUGUGAAGCUAUAUUUCCAGUUGGUGAAAGCAAAGGGAACGUGUCGCUCACUGUUCUCACCUACAUGACUCCACUUAAACCAUUUCUUGGCAUAGCUGCUGAAGUCGUUAUUUUAGUAGCUGCUAUUUUUAUCUAUGAAAUGAUCUCAAGAAAGAAAGAAGUUCAAGUUGAAGUUGAGAAGGAACUUGAACAAGCAGAAACACUGAAAUCGGAAGACAGCAAUGGUGUGGAAAAUAGUUCUACCAGACAAAGAAAAACUUAAGUUACUUAUCGUCAGGCGGCAAACCAAAGGAAACAUAUCUGUCUGGCACACCAGAAAACCUCGCACAGUUGAGAACAGCAGGAGUCAACUCCUGACCAUGGCCUUUUAUGCAUCUUAAGAGAAAAAAAAACUCUUGCUUAAUGCCUUUUUAGUAAUAAUUGUAUUGAAUGAUGCUACUAUCAUGCACAUCAUCAUUCAAGUACUUCCUGUACCCAUGUUGUUGUAGGCUUUUAUAUGGUUAUACUGUGUUAUACCCACUGGAUCAUUUGGCUGCAGUUAGCAAUAACCUGGCCUUAAUUUUAAGCCAUUCCUCUGAAUGUGUAUAUGUAUGACAUGCUUUUUACUUACGUGUGGGCCCAGUGCUAAGCAACCUACCCCAGUCUCGUGUUAAUUAUCUCAUUUAAAGAAAGUAGUGCAGCAUCAGAAUAACCUUGUAGCAGCCAUGAUUCUCAAGCAAAAUAUGAAGGGAACUUCGUGUUUUUCAUUGUUUUGAGAAUUUUAAUGUACUGUAUUAACUCAUUUCAGCCACUGACAUUUUUUGUUUGUGUCUGUGUGGACAAUGGGCCCCUUCUAGAAUCUCUCUAUCUUAUUUUUUAGAUGUAUUCUUUUUUAGAUUUUUUUUAAAGAUAUAAGUUGCUAUUGAUGUAGAGAUGACUGGAAUGUUAGGAUAUUAACUAACAAACUUGGUCACUAGCAAAUAAAAAAAUUCCUCGUCUUUGGUA